AUGCAAAUUUUCGUUAAAACUUUGACUGGUAAAACCAUUACCUUAGAAGUCGAAUCUUCUGACACCAUCGAUAACGUCAAAUCCAAGAUCCAAGACAAAGAAGGUAUUCCACCAGACCAACAAAGAUUGAUUUUCGCCGGUAAACAAUUAGAAGAUGGCAGAACCUUGUCUGACUACAACAUCCAAAAAGAAUCUACUUUACAUUUGGUUUUAAGAUUGAGAGGUGGUAUGCAAAUCUUUGUUAAAACUUUAACUGGUAAGACUAUCACUUUGGAAGUCGAAUCUUCUGACACCAUCGAUAACGUCAAAUCCAAGAUCCAAGACAAAGAAGGUAUUCCACCAGACCAACAAAGAUUGAUUUUCGCCGGUAAACAAUUGGAAGACGGUAGAACCUUGUCUGACUACAACAUCCAAAAAGAAUCUACUUUACAUUUGGUUUUAAGAUUGAGAGGUGGUAUGCAAAUCUUUGUUAAAACUUUAACUGGUAAGACUAUCACUUUGGAAGUCGAAUCUUCUGACACCAUCGAUAACGUCAAAUCCAAGAUCCAAGACAAAGAAGGUAUUCCACCAGAYCAACAAAGAUUGAUUUUUGCUGGUAAACAAUUAGAAGAUGGCAGAACCUUGUCUGACUACAACAUCCAAAAAGAAUCUACCUUGCACUUGGUCUUGAGAUUGAGAGGUGGUUUCUAA